ACUGCAGUCUCGGACGACGUACAUGGUGUGAAAUUGCCGCAGUUCAAUCUUGAGCCCUAAAUUGACCACAAAGCUGGACAUCUAAAUCAACUGACUUGACAUGGAAACAUGAUUAGGUGCUCAAACAGUCGAGAAAGAACUCUGGUAUUAGCACUCGUUUUCAAGCUGUUUUGGGUGGUUGAGGUAUCCAGUGAUGUAAACUUGUUUGGAAUCCAGCAGGCUUCAAAGAGAAGUCUUGAUGUUUGUGAAUUGUCGGUGACGAAGAUAACGAAAGGAUCUUCCAUCAUUGGUUGUGCCUCUUUAUGUAGCACACAUUUGUCAUGUCAUGCUUUUGAAAUAGAGGACGUCGAUCAACGCUGCAAACUUCUACGCAAAUGGUGUUUGAAUUACGACGAUGAUGGACAAACGAUGAGAACAAUUUUCGAGGCACCACCGAAACAUGAUGAUUGGUCCCGCCUAAUCAUAAUUGGUGGUAAAGAGGACACGGUCACCAAUUUCAAGUCCACCAUUGAAGUCAUUGAUCUGGAAGAUGCCAAGGUUUGUCCAAGUUUGCCCUCACUCUCCCAACCAAUAUUCUACUCAGGAGCUGAGAUUCUGGGUGACAAAUUUCUUUCCAUCGGAGGAUCAAAUGACUUUUCUAUCCAGAGCGCAGAAAUCCAAGCUUACGAUCCAUUGUAUAAAAAUUGGACCAAUUUUGGAACCUUGCCAAACCCGAAUUCCCAUUUCCCAACCGUGAAGUUGGAGGAUCAUUGGAUCUUGACCCUUGGGGGAUGGGAAGCAGAUGCACCUAGUGCCAACACAUACCAAAUAUUUUUGAAUGGGUCCGUAAGUAGAGGUCCCGAUUUACCACAUACCGGAUACGGGAUUGGAGCCACGGCAAUUGGAAAAAACUACGUUUUCAUGGUUGGGGCAUUUACUGACAAUUUGAGGAAUGCAUACAUUUUGAAUUGGGAACAACAAACAUUUGAGGAGCAAAGUCCUUUAACCUUGAACAGACGUUAUGCUCAAUGUCAACCCUAUAGGGACAAGAACAAUGUGCUGAAAAUUCUGGUUGUGGGUGGAACAACUCUUUCAGAUCCGUCAGGUCCCACCCCAGCUGACAUCUUUGUCUGGGAGUCCAAGACAUGGCUACCUGGGCCGAGUUUGGAGGAUAAUCACUAUCAUUCCAGACUAGUAAAAUAUGACGGAAACCUCUUUUUACUUGGUGGAUCGUUUGGACUGUCUUACAACUUCGUUUCGAUGAUCUACAAAUUCCAUUCGAAGAAUGAAUCUUGGACCAUAUUCCCUUUGAGCGUACCUGUGCCCCUGCGGGAAUUUGCCGUAGUUACGGCUCCACGGGAGGCUAUUGAGUGCUAAAUGUUUUUCGUUAACGUAUACGAGCAGAACCAGACAAAGUGUAUUUCGACAAUAAAAAAACAAGCUUGGUUCCUCAACGAAUAAAUUUAAGAUUGCCGUUCGGGAUAUUUCUUUUUUUAACCAACUUCCUUCAACAUUUGAUAAGUAUAGGGAUGUUAUCCCAAAUACCAUUUAAGUGAAAGGUUGGAUUUUUCUAUUUUGUAACUUUUGGAUCUUACAUAUUGGACGUGUUUGACAGUGGAAACAGCUCAAAGCGAUUAAAUUAUGGACAAUAAAA